CGGCUAUCAAUGCUAUUUUAUGGAUCUAGUGGCUCACAAACUGGGACAGCCUCGGCUGUGAAAUUGUUUAAAUAGCCCAUGUUCCUUCAUCAGAAGCAGGAUUGAUAACGGUCACCCUUGAACAAUUCCAAGUCAUUUUCAUCACUGCCAGAGCGCGUCGCGUGUCAUAUUUAACCGCCAUUUAGCCGAAUACCUUCACCAUGUCUACGCGCUCACCAGUGAAAAUCAGCGAAUACGCGAGACCCCGCGGCAUCACCGCCCUCGUCUUCGGCGGCGCCGUAUUCUCUUAUUUAUGCUUAGCUGGCGUCACCUUGAUAUCUGAAGACAACGCAAUCUGGCAAACUCUCGACAACAUCUCGCCGGGUGGCGCAGACACGUUUCGCUGGAUUGUCAAGACCGGCGUUCCGCCACUUAUCGUGAUACACUCCAUCGAGGCUGUCGCAUUUGACCGCACAAGAUUAAUGCCACAUGGCGUUCCGAGAUGGGGAUUGUUAUGGUGGAAAUGGGUUCUGAGCUGCUGGAUUGAGGGAAUUGGAUGUUGGCAGCGCUUUGCUUCUGUUGUCGACGCGAAGAAGGCGGCGGCAAAGUAACGCCAGGAGAGGGGAAAUGGGUCUCAGAGACAAUGAACGCGUCGCUGUUGUGGAGAAUACGUCAUGGAUGCCUUGCGAGUGUUAUUGAAUGAGAGUUGAGACGCACUGGAGCUCAAAGUUUCUUAUCGCCGCUUGAAGUCUACAGUGGCAAGAUCUUGCUAAUUCUACGAGGUCUAUGACAGCUCGAUAUCGCAGAUACCUUUUCGCAGAAUUGCAGGACCAAAAUACACCUUCAAAAAGUUAAGCUCGAU